UCAGGGAAAGAGAACACAGCACCUCAAUCAUGAAGCGCUCUUCUUACUUUGAUCACCAUAGCGAUUCGAGGGAUCCGUAUCAGUCGAGUGAAAGUGAGGAUAAUCAUCAGCCUACCUAUCGUGGUGGAAACAGAAUGUCGGUGUCCAAACCUCACCAGAAGAGGGUUCGACAACACAAUGGGUACAACGAUUACCGCUAUGAACGCUAUGAGAGUUAUCCACCAAGUCUUCUGGACCGCGAGCAGAAUACCAAAGCAAUCAGGGUCAAAUUCUUCAAAAACAGAGAUGCCCUGUAUAAAGGAAUCGUCCUGUCUAUCAGCGAAAAGAUGUUUCCAUCUCUGGACAGUCUGAUGAACCACCUUAACAGCAAAAUUGACACUCCACAGGGUGUGAUGUACAUCUUCAGAUUGGAAGAUGGCAAGCUGAUUGAAAGCGUAAAGGAUUUUCAGCCUGGGGACGAGUGUGUGGUGUCGAGUACACUCAAGAUUGACAGAAACGUACAGUAUGGACAGGUGUCUGGUCCACCUUCUCCCAUUAAACGUGGAGCCCCAUUACAGCGCAGUCAGGGGCCCUCAAGGGAGCACAUACUCAGGGGAAGCAACAGUCAAACUAGGGUCGGACCAAACAGAUCCCCGAAUCAAGCCAAGAGCAAACCUCUGACGUUUACAGUCAUAAACAACACCAUGAGGACUGUCCAGGAUAAAAUGAUCAUCAACCCUCAAACGGAGCAGUCCUUUGAGCAGAUGUUGUUGGACAUGGGUGAAGUGGUCAGCAUGUCUGAUAAUCCUGCUACCGCCAUGUACUGUGCUGUCCCUCCUUAUAACAAGAUAGAAAGUUUUUCGAAUCUUCGACAUGAACUACUUGUUAAGAAAGUGGAGAGUUUUUUCGUGGUCGGGGGCGAGGGUGCUCCGAAGGAACUUCGUCAGAAGAAAGUUCCGGUUCGUGAACCAACCCCACCCCCAGAGGAUGAUAUGGAUUACUAUGAAGAGCCUCAGCAUCAAACAUACAGAGAGCAUUCGCCACAAAGACAGAAAGAACGAGGCAAGUGGAAGCCGGCUAAGGAGCCUCCGAAGAGACAGCAAAAUGUUAGACCAAUUAAGAAUGGUUACGGCGAGGACAAAAACCAAAACAGCUUUGCGGUCGACAGAGCGCAACCUCGCAAUCGUGGAAAUGUAUCCCAAAGAGGCAACAACAAUAGCAACAGACAAACAGCACAUUCACAGAAGUUUAGCAACAGUCGAGAAGAUCUUACAAGGAACAGCUUGCAUGAACGCAGACGAUCCAUUGAUUCCAACAUAUCUAAACCAUCACGUGAUUCGCGAGAGGGAAUUAACCGCCAUGAGCAGGGGUCUCUGACGAGUAGAAGUCAGCGGAAUGAGCGCCAAGCCAGCAACAAGCCCACAGGAAAGCCUCAACGUCAUCAGCAGAAGCAUCGAGAAGAAGAAAGAGACAUGGAGGUCGACGAAGGAGAAGAAGACAUGCAAUACAACGGCUACCAUGAUGAGGUCGAUAAUCAAGAUGAUGGAAGAGAAAACGGUACGGAAACCGACCACGAAUAUGACGACGAACCUCCACAGCAAAGACCGGCGAGGAAAGGGCCCCGGAUGGAAACUCCGGAAUGUUAGUGACCAAUUGCUCAGAUCUCUUGUACAGAAAAGGGUGCUGAUUUAAUUAAACAGACACUUCUUUUUAAAAUCAAUGUAAUUACUUUGUAUAUGAAAAAUCCUUGUUAAUAUGUAAUACUGGUGUACUGUUUAUUGAUUUUCCUAAUCAAGUUAGUUCGAGGAAGAUGUAUCCAUUGAUAAUAAAAUCCAAGAGACGCUGUAUAUAUAUAUUUUCCGAGUGUGAAGGAUACCAUUCAUUUUCUUGAUGUAGUCCGUGUUUUAAUCCGUCUUUUUCCCUUUACUCGAGCUCAUUAGACUCCGGCCGGUGUAUAAAGUUUAUCAUCUCAUUCAUUAGACAACAUAUCACAUCUCCCCUUGUUAGUACCACAAGAUUGAUUAUAUCAAUUUAUAUUUAUUAUUAUAUG